AUGUCAGUUCUACCUCCACCGUAUCCAGCAGAUAACAAGCAGUAUCCACAGCCUACACAAGCGGGUUACCCGCAGCAGCCAUAUCCUCAAACAGGCUACGCUCAGCCUACGGCGUAUCCAACAGCUCAUGUACAGUACACUACAUAUCCACAAGCAGUCUAUACUACACAGCCGCAGACUAUCAUAGUGGACGACUGCCAUCACCACCACCGCCAUCACCAUGAGGAGGCCGGAACGGCGGGAAAUCUCUGUUGUCUAGCUGCUGGACUAGCAUGUCUUUGUGCCUUGUGUGUUCGAUAG